AUGCGCUCGCCAAACCCGCUCGAACCGUCAUUGGCGUGUCAACCCACACCUGGUGGUGGCGGCUGCUUGCCAAAGAGUCGCUUCAGCCCGGAUUUGGAGGCUGAAGAUGAGGCUGCCCCAGAUGUGUCGAGCCUUCUGCAGCUGGGCUUGAUGCCUGUGGUGGGAUUGAUCCUGCUGCCAGUGGCGCUGGCUGAGGGCUGUGGCUUGCCACUGCGGACGCCGGUGGGCUUUUUUCUGGGGCUGCAGCAGCGGGUGGAGUGGGUUGUGCUGGGCUUGCGGGUGGAGUGGGUUGUGCUGGGCUUUUUGCUGGGGCUGCAGCUGCGGGUGGAGUGGGUUGUGCUGGGCUUGCGGGUGGAGUGGGUUUUGCUGGGCUUUUUGCUGGGGCUGCAGCUGCGGGUGGAGUGGGUUGUGAUGGGCUUUUUGUUGCGACUGCAUGUGGAGUGGGCUGUGCUGGACUUGAUGCCGUUGCAGAAGGGGGGGUGGUUUGUGCCGGGCUUGAGGUUGUGA